AUGCAAGUUGUGAGGCUAGGAUGCCGCUGUGCAAUAUGGUUGCUGGGCCUCGUCCUGAUCAUGAAUGGCGGUGAUGGCGCUGUAAGACGAACACAUCCAAUUGAGUUGACGAUCGAUUCCGGCUCCAUACGUGGGGAAUAUUUGACAAUUGGCGCAAACGAUUUUGCUGUGUUUAAGGGAAUUCCUUACGCCGCACCACCAGUCGGCUCCUUACGGUUUCAGGUGUGUCCUGUUUUGAAAUUUCUUUUGAGACGACAGCUUGAUAAUUGA